UUCACAAUUAAUUGAUUAUUUUUCAAUGAUCAUCAUUAUCGUUAUCGGUUUUUGACCUGAUUUAUUACAUAUGUUAACUAAUUGUGAUCACCAAUAGGUCAAGUAAUUGAAACUAUUUAAACACCUAGACGUUGGUUAGCAAACAAGCAGUGAUUAAAUUGUUACAAUAGAAAUCAAAUCAACAAGUAAAUCAACUUAAUCAAUAAUUAUGUUAUCAACAAUUACUUUUCUAUUAUUAAUUUUAUCUCCAAUUAUUAUUGGCGCUCCUUCAAGUUCAUUUCAAUUCCUUGAUUGUGGUGGACCUGAGGCCAUUGUCAAAUUUACCGAUGUUUCAAUUUCCCCGAGUCCAGUUUACUUUGAUAACGAAGGUGAAUCAACGAUAGUUUAUAAGAUCGCUUCCGAUUUACCUGCGGAAACUUCAUUUUAUGUCGAUACUUGGACUGGAAAUCGUUUAUCUGAGGCCAAUAAUUUAAAGGACGAUGAACGAACACCCUGUUUAUUUGGACCUGCCUGUGAAUUUUCAAUCUGUGAUUGGAUGACAAUGGAAUUUGAUUCAUGCAUGAAAUACCAUAAUUCAGAAUCGUACUGUAAGUGUCCCGUUAAAGCGGGAAUCAGGUCAGAUGUCGGUGAAAAGUUCAUCAUGGCCUCCCAAAGUCAAUUCCCUUCUUGGUUUAACUCAGGCACUUAUACCGCUCGAUUUACAAUCAUUGACGCAGCUCGUAAGCAAAUUGGUUGUCUCUUGAUGUCAGGAUCGAUUGCAACUAAAUCAAAUUAAAUCAUCACCAUCUUCAUAACAAUUAACUCUUUCAAAUCUGUUAACAAUAAUUUUCUCCUUCGCAACCACAAUCGAUAAUUAAAUACAAUCAACAAUCAAACUUGAAAUUUUCUCAAAUUUUUUCCCCGAUUUUAUUAACCA